AGAUGUACAUAGAUCACAUUUAUCUCUAUUACACAAAUGUAAUAAUUAUUUUAUUAAUAAUAUUCAUUAUGUGUUGCUUGUAUUAUAUAAAAAAUUUAUACACAUUUAAUACAUUAAAACGGACUAAAAGUUGCCCAUAAUUAAUAGUAGACCAGAUUUCAAAUCUCUUUUUUUACAUGUCAGCCUAUUGAUAUUGUAGGUUUAUAGAGAUAUAAUUGUGACACAAAAGUCAUGAGCUUUAUUUGUUGUGUGAUCCAAGGGACUUUUGAACAGAUUUCUGAGUAGGUUAUUAGAGUGGUUGAAAGUUUGAUAUUCUAAACUGACGAUGACGUUUAGAUUUGGUUAUAAAAUGUUUUUUUCCAGUGAUUUAUGCGAAUGGAUGACUAGUUUAUGUGGGCUCGAAUGAGUCUCUGGCCUGAGUUUGUUGAUGGAGAGGAUUUCGAAUGACAGCCGGCACAGUGGUCAUCACAGGCGGAAUUCUGGCUGCCAUUAUCUUGCUAACUAUUGUCACAGUUCUGUGUUACUGUAGGCUGCAGUAUUACUGCUGUAAAAGAGACGAGUCAGAAGAGGGGGAGGAGGAGGCUGACGUGGCCAAGACAUCGCCAAAUCCACUGCGCCAACCGAGUCCACCGGAGAGUCCACUGAGUCUUCAACAUUUCCCUGAAUACGCAUCCUCCAAUCAGCUGCUGAUGACGGCGGAGCCCUUGGAGCACAACGGACCAGUAAGCUAUCCUCAAUUCUUCCCGCGUGCGCCCUAUAGACCGCCCCGCUCGUACACUUUUUGCCCAUCCUGCUCGGGGUAUCUUCCGCUCCACAUGAGCCCACAGGAGGGGCUGCCUAAUGGAGGUGGCAGGAUCAGCUACAGGACUCUGCAGCAGGAGGAAUUAGACCUGCCAAUGGAGGCGCCCAGCUUCCAAAAACUCAACCUUAUCCGCUCUGUCACCAUGCAAGAAGUGCUGACUCAUCACAGCAUCAGCACGGAUGUGUAGCACCUCAUAUUCACCUGAAGCAUUGUGUUAUUCACAUGUAUUGUGCUGCUUUGCUGUACCCGGUUGUUCAAUUCAUUGUAUCCAAUAGAUAAAAUUGAUGUAUAUGUAUGUAUUUAUCUAUCAGACGGAUGAUCUGCGUGAUUUUGCCAAGUAAGUCAUGUUCCUAGAUCAACAUAUUUUGUUGAUCCUGGAUCAACAUUACUUUCCAAAAAUACAGACUUAACCCAAUCCCUACCCCUAAACCUGACCUUACCCAUCAUUGAUUCCUAAAAUCAGUGGGAAAUGAUAGCUGAUUAAGAAGGGUGAUAGCUGAUUAAGAAGGGUGUUCACCUAACCCUGAUUGUAAGCCCAAAACUGACAUUUCCUGAAAAGUUAUCUCUCAAUUCUGAAUUCUGAUUGGUUGGUUGUGUGUCUGACUGGAAUGAUGUUACAAUGAACAUGUUGUACCUGGUGAAAUCACGCUCACCCAGGAGGAUAGUCAUGCAACAGGGCUAUUUAGUAUCAUUGAGAUGCUAUUAGAAAAAAAAAACACACAUCUGUAGAAAAACAGAAAAGAUACUGGUAGUACAGGAAAUUGUCUGUUAAAUUUACAGAUAUUUCUUUUAACCCACAAACAUACAAAAUGCAAUCCAUAAUUCAAAAUACAGAUGAAACACCUGUGAAAAAUCCUUCAUAUUAACACUGUAAAUUGUGCCCUAUUUAUAGACUUUUCUGAC